UAUCUACGUCAGGCUGGAUUUUUUGAGGUUUCUCAAAUAGGGCGUUACAAAAUUGAUAGGCACAUUGUAACCACUCUUGUAGAAAGAUGGCGGUCCGAAACCCAUACUUUUCACUUUCGAACGGGUGAGUGUACUAUCACUUUGGAAGACGUCUAUAUGUUACUCGGCUUACCUUUUGGAGGUUCAAUUGUUACGGCUCCUCCAACUCUUCCGUGGAAUCUUUGUGCUCAUUUGUUGGGAAUAACUCCUCCAGCACACAAAACUGAUGGUUUUACUCUCUCCUUGUCGUGGUUAAAGGAUAAUCUGGUCGAUAAUAACUUCAAUGAACAAUCUCCUCCGGAGGUAAAAAUACAACACACUAGGAGGUACCUACUAUACCUCUUUGGAGGGUUCUUGUUUCCAAAUACAACUGGAUUAUUUGUGCACAUCUCUUGGUUGUCUUUGUUAAUGGAUUUUAAUGAAACAAGAAGAUAUAGUUGGGGAUCGGCAGUUUUGGCUUACCUUUAUCGUGGCUUGUGUGAGGCCUCACAUCCAAAUAUAAAAGCACUAAAUGGAUGUCAUUUCUUGUUACAAGUUUGGGGAUAUUGUCGGUUGAGUCAUAUCGCUCCGAGAAAUGAUAACCCACUCCAGUGGCCGCUAGGAUUAAAAUGGACAGGUGUAGGUUCAAGAUACUACGAGAAUCCAAGCCAUGACACUAUAUCUUACAGAAAAAAGUUUGAUGACAUACUACCACAUGAUUUUAAAUGGAGACCUUACAAGAAGGUUCCAUACAUGCGACAAUUCCAUACGGUGGACAAACGGUUCAAGACGUGGUACCAAUCAAAUGGUUUUCGCUUUCCGAUAGAGAGCCAACAUUGGGACAACCGACGGAGUUAUACUUUACCUCGCAUGCAGCCAAGAUCACUCACCCCAAGUCAUGCAUAUAUUGAGUGGUUGACAACCACAUGCAACCCACGUCUAAGGAUUCCAGUUGAGACAAAACCAUCAGAUUCAGAUCCAGACGAACAAGAAGAGCCGGAGCCGGAACAUGAACCUGAAAUUUACAACAACCAAACACCAAUUCAUGAUGAUUUUUGGGAUCAAGACAUUUUUUCUCAACUACAAGAUCAUCAAUCUCAACCACAUACAACACAAAACAUUCAUGGUUCUGUAAUGUAUGAAUUUCUCGACACCCCCCAACAAAAUAUCAUCCAACCACCACCAUAUACCUCCCCGAGAAAUGCAUAUGAGCCCCAAUAUCAGUCAACUUACCAACAAAAUUCAAUGCCAAAUUAUGGUUACAAUGACCCAAAUCAAGCUACCACAUCCAACAACAACAACUACUUCUCCUAUAAUGACCCAAACCAAGCUGGACCGUCCAACACCAAUUACCCCCCUACAACAGCCCACAAUACCCAAUGUACACCAACCAAAACUACAACCAUCCACCAACACCAACAAACCUAUUAUCUCACUUCUCUCCGGCUUCGUUCAACGACAAUGAACAAUUUCUGGAUAUUGGAUGGCAAACAAGGGAACACGAUGUGUCGUUGUCAUUGGGUUAUGGUAGUCAAAUACAAUCAGCUACAGAUAACAAUGACGAAGACCAACAUGACCCUCAAGUAAAUCGCGGAAGAAAUCGUCGAAGACGAGGGUGUGCGACAGCCGGGCAUUUAUAAUAAUUGUAGAUAUUAUGAUAUUUAA